UAUUUUCUCAGAAUACCGAAAAAUCCUAAUAUUUAAACAUCGUUUAAGCAGCACCCUGACCCUUGUUCACAUUACGUGAGAUCUCUGUGGCCGCUGGGAAUUACGUUCCGAUGUUGUCAGUGUCACCUUUCUCUGCCUGGACCUAGGACGGAGCCACUGUGUGACAAUGUUCUCCACUGGCGCGUUCUUAUCCCCCUACCCCGGGGCAAUCUGGGCCUUUCCCCACCUCAAUAGCUCCCUGGCUGCUGUGUCACGGAAGAAUCCCUCAUUUCGGAUCUCCGACAUUUUGGACGUUCAGAAUCCUUCUCUCUCUUUUCCCAUGUACAAACUGACCGACCCUUUACCGGGUGGGGCGGGGUGUCGGACCCAGUCGGCCCUUGGGCCACUCCAGGCCUUUUGCACUUCUAAGCGGGUCCAUAGUUUUGUGUCCGAUUCCCCUAGAAGUAGUGAGCAAAGACCCCCGAAACAACUCAAGUUUGGAAUAAGUGCUAUCUUGUCGGAGGAAUUCGGAAAGAAAUCUGACGAAAAAGACGACAAAUUGCUGGCUCGCUAUCCCGGGGGUGGUUCUUGUGGGUGUGAGAGUCAGAGCAUUCCCUUCUACCCCCGGGGCGGGAUGUUCACGUCUCAGGGACUCCUACCCACCCUCCCCAACCCCCACUACUCUUUGGCCUCGUCCUCGGGCCUCGACUCACUGCCAGGUAGGGGAGGGCCCUACUCAAUCCUCAAUGAUGACGUCAGUUUGGGACACCACUCCAAGAGAAAACGGUCUUGGUCACGUGCUGUGUUUUCAAAUCUCCAGCGGAAGGGACUGGAGAAAAGAUUCGAGGUCCAAAAAUACGUUACAAAGCCAGACAGACGACAACUGGCCGCCAUGUUGGGGCUUACCGAUGCACAGGUCAAAGUUUGGUUUCAAAACCGAAGAAUGAAAUGGCGACACGCACAACAGACGAAAGAGAAGUCGAACACGGACGAUAAAAGUUUGGAACCCCUCGUAGAAGAACCAGUGAGCAAUGAUAUUGGUAGUUCUGACAGUGAUGACGCAAUGGAUGACGCUGUGGAUGACGUCAUUAAUGAGAAAGUGGACGAUUGUGAUGACAAGGAUUCCUAGAGAAUCUACCGGCUGUUAAUUGUAAUCUUUAAUAAAAGUAUUAUUAUUUUGUUGUUACUGAA